AUGGGGAAGCGUCGCUCGAAGAACAGUGCUGCGGAUGCAGAAACGCCCAGCAAAAGCGCCGCUCCACUUGCGGACCAGACAAAUGCUUUCUCCCCUGUGUUUGCAUCUCCGCCUCCAAAGAGAGGACUUCUCUCAUUGACAACACCAAAUUUCAAAAAGGGUGGUCUGUUCAAGUCUCCUGCCAAAGAAGUGCAAGCUCCAACACUGUCUGUUGGAUCACAGACGAUUAGUUUGAACAAAAAAUCAGUUGCCAUCCAAACGGAUCCGCUUCCCUGUCUGAGCUUUGAGAAUGAAGUCAUUGCAAGGGAUCCCAGUCAACAACUUCAACAACAAACUUUUGAUACCCUAUCUGCAUUGCAUUUGCAGCAAAAGAAUAAGGACUAUGUCCGGCUGUCAGCUCGACACGGGCAGCAAACCUAUUUCAAGAUACCAAACUCGCGCAUCCGUGCAAGCAAGGACCCAUCUCGACAAUCUUGUAAGAAGCUCAGCAGGCAAUCUACUCUCAUUUCGGGACUCUUUCAACGCCUAUUUGGAGCCAGUAUGCAGCAGAUUCUUCCAGCAAUCUUGACCAGCAUUGGCAAGCAGUUUCGUUUGGCAGUUCUUCCAAUUGAUGCCAGUGGCUUGACAAUUGUCCAAGCGGUGGCACUACGAGACCAUGUUCCAACCUCCACGAGGGGCCUGGAGAGGCUUGCUAAUGCCCUCUAUGACUGCUCUCCAUUCCUUGGGAAGCUGUUGUUCCCAAAGCAAUUACGGCGUCGAAUUUCUGAAUUCGAAAAAUGCACUCUGGAUGUUGAAUUGAGCUUUGAAGUGGUGCCGCUGGAGAUGAACGGAGAUGGUAAAAUGAAGCCAUGCAUCCAUGCCUGGGUAUCCAACCCUCCCAUUGUUCUUGAGGGUCUCACGAGGAGUGCUCUUGUUGCUGGAAAGUUCCAACAGUCAGAGACAGUUUCAUCACACAAGGGUGAAAUCCUCGUCGUUCAAGGGUGUGAUAAAGGAGGAAACGUGACACUCAGCUUGAUGCGAGUUGCUAAUAGAAUGGAUGGGAACGCUCCACAGUUUUGCUUUCCAUUGGCAUUCUACGAAGACGGGCGGGAGUCUUAUGCCAACCUAGCAAAGACCAUAUACGACGACUCCAAGACAGUUCAGCCUUUCAUUCAAGCUUUGCUUGAUGGCAAAUUUCAUAUGAUAACUGCCUCUGCAAGUCAAGGCACUGAUGUGAUCGAUGCUCAAUGUUUGCUUGUGCAGUUCAGCGGCUACUCAGUGUAUGAAAAGAGUCGGGCUUUCAUUCAAGAUACCUGCGGCCGAGUUCUUCCAGACGCGGACCACCGAGAACUUUUGGCUCAUGUUGAUGAAGCAAAGUCUCGAUCGCAGCCAGCAACCGUUUCAUUAGAUAGGGUACGAGCAAAUUGCUCUCUGGCGAUUCGACUUGUACGCUCAGACCCAGCAAAAACAGAAGGAGAUGACUCGUCUCUGGGGGCAUCAUAUGCAGGUAUCCUCCUCUACGAAACUACCCAGACGCAGCAGCGGACACUUGUGGCACGGCUCCAAUUCACGUCGACGCUUUCUGUUUCAUCGAAUGCUGAGGUUAUGCUUCGUUGUUAUGGAUGCCGGCCAUUUACUGCCGAUGACUUGAAGCUCAACAUAGCGGUGUCAGGCCAGGGAACAGCGGCAAGCAAGUAUCCUUGUCCUAUUUGUGUCGCUUCAAAGGAUCAGCUCAGCCUCUGUGUCCACAACCUUGCUGCCAUCCCUCCUCUCCGUGUCGGUGAGCACCACAACAGAAACCUGCACGCGAGAUUUUUGGAAGUGGCUGGUGGCAGAGCCAUGAAAGUUGCGACAGACUCAUCUGCGGCGUCAAUGGAAAUAAAAGACCUGGCAAAGAGUGUUGUUAACAGGCCUUUACUUCUUACGCCACCGCCCCAGAACACAGCUGGCUCUAUGCAUGUCUGUCAGGGUCUGAUGACCCAUUUGACGAGGAGGACUUUUCAACUUUUGGAGAAGAUCGAUCGGAGGUCAUUGUGGUAUUCCGAAUUAAAGAACGCUGUCCAAGAUGCAAGCAACACUACGGAAAUCAAGGAAAUGGUGAAAGAGAUGCAUCAAAGAGACCGGGCUAUCUACAAGCAACUGCAGAAUGCGACAAAGUGGCCCAAUGUCCCAUCCCAAGUUGAACGUGCUGGCAUUCUGCUGGCAGAGCGCGAACAACAUAGUGUGCAAACUGGAAUGGAGGCUUGGAGUAAGGUUCAAACGGCAGGAACGGAGCUCUCUUCAGCUGGGAACAAGUUCAUCAAAGAUUCAGGAUCGAAGCCAGAGGGUGUGGCAAGUUAUCUUCUUUACCAGUCGUUUUGUGUGGAUGGUGGUGUUCGAUUCAACGUUGAGCAUUCAGGUCUUGAGUUGACCAAUGCCAAUGGAAUAAAGGUUCUUUCCAACUACGAGACAAUUGCCAACCGAGUGGAACAAGCGUACAGUGAAGGCAAUGAAACGCAUCUUCGUGAAGAUGUAAAAGCUGUGAUGGCAAUGUGGCGACAACUCGCAGGUCUCUUGCUAGAGCUUUCGGCAAUUCUGAAGCGACAAUCAAAAUUAACAACAGAGGAGAUCGAACGUCUCAAGCAGUGUGCGAACGAAUACGGUCGUCAGUGGAUGGCCAUGAUUCCAGGAAAGGAUACUGUGUUCAACAAACUGCACACACUAAUCGCCCACUUGACAACCUUUGCUGAGACGCACGGAACCAUCGGUUUAGUGAAUGAAGAAAGCUUUGAGGCUACCCAUCCGCGAGCACAAACAAUCAGCAGUCACUUGCGAAGCAUGGUCUCAACUGAGGCCAAAGUACAGAAGACAGUUCAGCGCUUCUCCCUGGGGCUCAACACGGAAUAUGAAACAACACGGACAGCUCUGCAAGAUGGGAGAAAGACAGGUCGUCGGAAUCUGAGGAACGGCGAUACCUAUGCUCGUCGCACCAGAAAGCACGACGUCGCGCCAAUUCGCAACCAAACUCAAGACGGUCAGCUCCCUCCGGAAUUGGUCUAUGUUGACACGAAUAGGGCUGUUGUCAAGAAGGAGUGGUUAGACUAUUACAACUAUCUGGUUUGUGGACGUGUCCCCGCCUCUUGGAGGAAAGCCUUUGGAGAUGACGACGAGAUUGGCAACGUCUUUAAAGUCAAGUCUGAAUACGUCUAG